AUGUACGUCACCCUACUCUAUACAUUCUCACUGUAUUCCUCUCUCAAUCAAAAAUUUCCGUUCAUAUCAACCGAUGCAAAACAUCGUCGCCGGCGUCUACCCGACCAUCAGAUGACGACAUUAUCCGCCUCUGUCAUCUCCGUCGUCGGUGUCAUCUUUUCUAUCUUAUAUACCGCCCAUGCCUUUGGUGGCUCCGCCACCACUGUCUCUAUCAGCUAUGGUUCCACCAUCACUGUCUGCGGCAUCGUCGCUGGUCAACCGAGUCAACGGAUCCAAUGCUGGCGCAAUGGCCAAGUGUUUGAUGUAUUCUCUAAUAUCUCAUUUGAGUCAAUCGCCGGUGGUCGUGAUGUGUUCUGCGGCGUCAGGUCCGGCGGUUCCAGUCUCGUCUGUUGGAACCCUAGCCUGACUCCGAAGCGUCUCUACUACAAUGAAACGGUGCUUUUGAGUCAGUUAUCCAUCGGAGACACUCAAAUUUGCUCGAUCACGAAUAGUUCUGGAUGGAACGUCUAUUGUUGGAGGUAUGGUGACGGGAUUCCAACUCAAAACCAUCAUCUCCAAUCGAUUUCAUCGGGAUUAGGGUUUACUUGUGGCGUUGAUUUGAGGGACGACGCUGGAAUCAUUUGUUUUGGAACCAAUUCAGAAGCAACGAAUGCUAUUCAAGCUGCGUUUACAAAUUUUCGCAUGUUGAAUGUUGCUGUUGGAGGUAAUCACGCCUGUGGAGUAAAUUCUACCGGUUUUUUGAUUUGUAGAGGUAACAACGAUUACGGACAGAUCAAUGUACCAAAUCAUUCAUCCUUCGAGUUCUCUGCACUUGCGCUUGGUGCGAACCAUACGUGUGCUUUGCGAAAAUUAAAUGGCUCUGUAGUUUGUUGGGGUGGUGGAGGAGGGAUUAUGAGUGAUAAUAUACUUGGUGUCUCCUUCGAGUCUAUCGUUGCUGGAUUGGAUUCUACUUGUGGAUUAACAACUAGCAACCUCUCUGUAAUUUGCUGGGGAGAAGGAUGGGCUAGAAACGCUUCGUAUCCAUUAGACUUCGAGCUCCCAUUGAGACAAAUUCUUCCAGGGCCAUGUGUUACAUCCGAUUGCAGUUGUGGUAUAUACACUCAAUCUCAAUUUCUUUGUUCUGGCUAUGGAUCAAUAUGUAAGCCUUGUGAUAUAUCCAGUUUCUUCCCACCAUCACCACCAUUAUUGGCUCCACCACCACCGCCGCUUGGAGAUGGUAACGUCCCACGGUCUCCACCUUCAAAAGCUUUGAGAAAGGGGUUACUGGCGUUUGCCAUAGUCGGAUCAAUUGGGGCUUUUGCAGGUAUCUGUACUAUUAUUUACUGUUUAUGGACCGGUGUUUGUUGUGGGAACAAAAAGAUACACAACUCCGUUCAACCCACAAUCACUGCUUCUACGCUCAAUCCUCCUCAAUUUUCAAACAGCAGUCCAGUUUCAAGAUCUUCAACAAUCCGGCGACAAGCGUCAAGAGCUUUCCGGCGACAAAGAAGUGGAACAUCUUCAAAACAUGCUGACAGGGAAGAGGAAUUCACCUUCGCCGACUUAGCUUUAGCAACCGAUAACUUCUCCCAAGAGAAUAAAAUCGGUGCAGGGAGUUUUGGGGUUGUCUACAAAGGCAAACUCAUAGAUGGUCGUGAAGUCGCCAUUAAAAGAGGGGAAACAAGUCAAAAAACAAAGAAAUUUCAAGAGAAAGAAAGCGCGUUUGAUUCAGAAUUAGCUUUCUUAUCUCGUCUUCAUCACAAACAUUUAGUCAGACUCGUGGGAUACUGUGAAGAACGCGACGAAAAGCUCUUGGUUUACGAGUACAUGAGAAAUGGAGCUCUGUACGAUCAUCUACACGACAAGAAGAACGUGGAGAAGAAUAGCAGCUUGUUGAAUUCAUGGAAAAUGCGGAUCAAAAUCUCGUUGGAUGCUGCAAGAGGAAUCGAAUACCUUCAUAAUUACGCAGUUCCUCCGAUCAUACACCGCGACAUCAAAUCAUCUAACAUCUUGCUAGACGCGAAUUGGGUCGCUAGGGUUUCUGAUUUCGGGUUAUCUCUAAUGGGUCCUGAAUCCGAAUCGGAUCACCGAGCAACGAAGGCCGCCGGAACCGUCGGCUACAUUGAUCCAGAGUACUACGGAUUAAACGUCGUCACUGCCAAGAGUGACGUGUACGGCCUUGGGGUAGUACUCCUUGAACUUUUGACCGGAAAGAGAGCGAUAUUCAAGAGUGAUGACAACGGUGGUACGCCGAUAAGUCUAGUGGACUAUGCUGUACCGGCGGUGAUUUCCGGCGAAUUGGGAAAGAUACUGGAUAAGAGAGUGGGGCCUCCGGAGGUGAAUGAGGCGGAGGCGGUGGAACUGAUGGCGUACACCGCCAUACAUUGUGUGAACUUGGAAGGUAGAGAAAGACCCACCAUGACCGAUAUUGUGGCCAAUUUGGAAAGAGCGGUGGUGCUCUGUGACGACAGCCAUGGCAGCAUUUCCAGUGGUCAGAUUUCGAUUAUAUCAGAAUGA